UAGACAUGUGAGUUUGAAGGAUAACCUUAAAAUAGUCGUGUGGUGUAUCUGUUUUGGUUUAUUAUUUUCUGUUUUUCCAUAAAAUGCUUGUCUAGUAACUCAUUAUGGGAUUACCAUUAAUUGAAGGCCACCCUGGCCUCAUAAGAACCAUCAAGGAUGGAGAAGAAGUAGAGGAUUUCUCGGAAGAAUCCGAUGUUGAAAUUGAGUAUCAACCCUCCAAACAGAAAGUUAAAGCUAAGGCUGACAUCAAUCCAAAAUUUCAAUUUGUGUCAUCUGUCGAGGAAUACAACAAGAAUCCGUGGGAUAACCUGCAGAAGUAUGUGCGUAGGAAUGUGAAAAGGACCCUUGAUGAUAAGAUUGAGAGGAGACGGGCUCAGGUGAAGGUGCACGGCAAUGCUGAUGAUGUGGACACUGACUCGGAUGUGGAGAGUGGAGGAGAUGACAAAAAUGUGGAUGACAUAGAAAUAUCUGAUGAUGAGCUCAAAAGGGAUGAAAUCAAAGUGAAACAAAAGAAAUUGACAAAGAAAGAAAAACUCAAACAGGAAUUGGAAGAUGAAGAAGAGGGUCCAAAAAUAGAAUACGACUCAGACUUCUUCGAGGAGGCGCCUCAAUAUGACGAGCAGGCCUCUUUCUACACGAUGAACCUGUCUCGACCGCUGCUGAAGGCAAUAGGAGCGCUGAACUACGUCCAUCCGACACCCAUCCAGGCUGCCACUAUACCUAUUGCUUUGUUGGGCAAAGACAUAUGCGCGUGCGCAGCGACGGGCACGGGCAAGACGGCGGCGUACAUGCUGCCCAUCCUGGAGCGGCUGCUGUACAAGGCAGCCGGAGGCGACCGAGUCACCAGGGUGCUAGUGCUGGUGCCUACUAGGGAGCUGGGAGCACAGGUGCACGCAGUGACCAGACAGCUGACUCAGUUCACGACAGUGACCGUGGGGUUGUCGGUGGGAGGACUCGACGUCAAAUAUCAGGAAAGCGUGCUUCGCCGCAACCCAGACGUGGUAAUCGCGACUCCAGGUCGACUGAUCGACCACCUGCGCAACACGCCCUCCUUCGGACUGCACUCCAUAGAGGUGCUGGUGCUGGACGAGGCUGACAGAAUGCUAGACGAGUACUUCGCGGAACAGAUGAAGGAGAUCAUCCGCCAGUGCUCGCCUAAACGACAAACCCUCCUGUUCUCCGCCACCAUGAGCGAGCAGGUCAAGGAGCUGGCGGCCGUGUCGCUGCAGAGGCCGGUCAAGCUGUUUCUGCACUCCAACAAGGAUGUCGCGUUCAACUUGAGGCAGGAGUUUGUUAGGAUCCGCAAAGAGCGCGAGUCGGACCGCGAGGCGAUAUUGGCGGCGCUGGUGUGCCGCACGUUCCGCGACCGAGCCGUCAUCUUCGUGCAGACCAAGAAGCAGGCGCACAGGCUGCAUAUAGCACUGGGGAUGUUGGGGGUCAAGGUAGCCGAGCUCCACGGGGCGCUCAACCAGCCCCAGCGUCUGGACUCGCUCAAGCGGUUCAAGGACGAGCUGGCGGACGUCCUGGUGGCUACGGACGUGGCGGCGCGCGGGCUGGACAUCCCCGGCGUGAAGACUGUCUUGAACUUUACUCUGCCGGCCACGCUCGAGCAUUAUAUUCAUAGGGUAGGCAGAACAGCGCGAGCAGGGCGCGCCGGAGUCUCCGUGUCUCUAUGCGGGGAGGCGGAGCGCCAUCUAGUGAAGACGAUAGUGAAGCGCGCGCGUCGCCCCGUCAAGUCCAGACAGGUGCCCAGUGAGAUUGUAGCCAAAUAUAGGGAGAGAUUGGCCAGGCUUGAGCCGGAGAUUGUCGCAAUCCUCGACGAAGAGUACGCUGAAAAACAACUGAACAAGAUGGAGAAACAAACAUCCAAGAUGGAGGGAAGCCUUAAAGAGAAGAAGGAGGAAGGUCCCUCGGUGGAGGUGAAGCGGCAGCAGUCCUGGUUCCAGACGCCCAAGCAGAAGCGCGAGGAGAAGGAGAGGCUCCAGCUGACGCAGCAUCAGGGGAAAGAAAAACAAAAAGGCGGCAACAAGAAGCGCAAGCGAGACUCCGACGACGAUGAUGACGACGGCCGCGACAACAAGAAGAAGAAGAGGAUGAACAAGAAUAUGAAGCCGCAGGACACGCCUGAAGACCGCAUCAACAGGGAGAUGGAAAAGGUGGCGCUACUCCAAUCAAGAAUGGCGAAGCGCAAGACGAAACAACGACGCAUCCGAGCCGUCGACGAUGACGAAGACAGGGCGCCAAGAGGACCAGGAGCACCUAAGGCAGCGAAAUCCAAGAAGAAACUUAGCAACUUUGCAAACGACCUGACAGACACGUCUAGAUCCACAACGAAACGCUUGCGGUACGACGCUAACCGCGUCCAAAAGGGUAAACCCUUAGGCCCAAAGGGUAAGGGUAAAGGGCCGCCUCAGAAAGGAAAAGGUACGCCCGGUAAAGGUAAAGGUGGACCAGGGAAAGGUAAAGGGCCGCCGAAAGGGAAGACUUUCGGUAAACCACAAGCGGCGAAGGCGGGACGGAGAAAAAAUUAAGCAAUAAAUUUUGUUGAUGUCUGAAUUUGA